CUAGCAUAGUCUUAAUUUAAGACCAUCAUAGACUUCUUAACAUUAUACAUUUUUUUAGCAAUUUUUUUCUGGAGUCUGCAAACUAGGCUCAAUUUCGAGCUCUGGUUGAUUUCGCUGUAGUACAAUUUCAAGCAUUGAGAUUUUAGAGAAGGCUCUAAGCAGUCACUUUUUAGCUCAUAAUUAUUUCAAAAGUCUGAACACCCAUAUGUUUAUAUUAGAAGCGGAUACUUUUUAUCAGUUAUUAAAAUCUAUCGAGGAAGUUGAGUCUCCUGGCUGGGCUGGUUUAUUAUCAGAGCCAAAUUCAAUAAGAUUUAGACUCUAAUCAGUAUAGGGUUGCCCUUCUUUGAAAGAACGGUCUGAUCAUUUUUAUAUGCUAUCGAUAUUCUGGGCUCUUCAUUAAGGUUGCAAACCGCUCUAAUUUAUGCAAGUGAGCCUUCACUUUUCUCUGGAACAUUUGUCUUUGCUCACCGAAGACUAGGCUGACCGCGUUCUCCAAGCUGAUGAAAUAUAAUAGCACAGCAAAGAACUCCCUGUAUGGAUGCAUCAACCUGAACUUCUUUUCUGAGUAGAAAUGCAGCAGCUUGUUUAUCAAGUCUUUGAGUUGGAAGUCUUCUUGUGGAAUCCUUCCAAGUCUGCCUUUUGAGUUGACAAUACAGUCAAAGAUUAUGCAGACUCUUUCAAGAUAAGCUUCAGGAAACCUAGCCUGGCAGUACUCUCUAAGUCUUUGUGGGUAAUUUUGCUUUGACUGAUGAGAGCCAGAAGCAUCGGAGAAGUACUUGCGAAGCCUUCUGAACACAGCUUUAAACACUAUAUCUUUGCGUGUGUUAUAUUUGAAUCGAGUCUGAUUCAUAGCAUAAUUUUUAAUCUCGGAGUCUCUUCUUAGAAAUUCAGGCUUGGACCUUAAUCUGGAGCUCGAAAUAUCUGCAGAGGAGCUCUCGGUUGGUGCUUUCUCUUCCUCGAUAGGCUUCUUCUAAGUAUAUUGUAAUUUUUAAUUUAUUUUCUGGAGUUCCAAAAAUUCAUAAUUGAUAUAGUCCUACAUUUUAGUUGGCAUAUUUCCUAAUCAAACUCAAUAAGUUUGAAUCAACUCUUUCAUUAAAGCCUCAUACUAUUUCUGGGCAAAUAUCUCCGAGCUCAAUCCUUUGGUGAAGAUCAUGAACUCUAUCUAUAUAAAAAUUAGCUUUGAUAAAGAAGGGGAACUUAGGACAAAUAUCAAGACAUUUGCAGUUGAAUUCAAGCAAAAGGGAAUCAUUAGCCUACUGAAAAUAAUUAGCGUUGUUUGCUUUUAUUGCUAACCAGGAGAGUCAGAAAUUGGCCAGCUCAAAAGACAUCAAAUAUAAUUUUAUGCCAAAGAAAGAAGGAUUCCUUAUGCAUCCUUAGAACUAAAGUGUUCUUU